CUUCGAAUAUAUCAUCACAUUUAACGUAGCGGCGGAGCUCACAUCCACAGUGUGCCCUAAAUUUCUACCGGCGAGGGUAAAGCGAUGUCGUACGAUGAUGUAGAGAUAGAGGAUAUGGAGUGGAACGAAGAGAUUCAAGCGUACACGUACCCCUGCCCUUGUGGCGAUUUGUUCCAGAUCACGAAGGAGGAUCUACGUCUCGGCGAGGAGAUCGCCAAUUGCCCAAGCUGCUCCCUCUAUAUCACCGUCAUCUACAACAUGGAGGACUUUCAGAACGAUACCAAGAAGAUUAACGAACCUAAAAGUCGUCAAGCCGUCGCCGUCGCCUGAGAUUGUAGAAUGUCAUGUAUCAUCGGUUGGGAGAUUAUUGGAGAACAGCAGGAGAGAUUGUUCUCGUGCAAAAGUUUUGGAAACCAUAUUGGAAGUGUGUCACCAUCCUUAGAUUAUGAGUAUUAUUAUUACAUUAACCUCAUGUAUAAACAAGUAAACAAAGUUGGUUGUGUUGCUGGUCAUUGAUGAUUAUUUUUGAAAGAGCAAUUAUUGUGCUU